AUGAGGAAUCCCCUCCUAUCCACCUUCCUCCUAGGCUCAUCACUCCUAGGAGCCGCAACAUGUCUCAACACCACCAUAUCCAAUUCCCAUGUAAACAUGUUUUCCACAGACGGUGAUCUCAUCGAUUCCACCUCCGGCAAGAUCGAUUAUUUCGAAGGCCAAUUUCUGUGGUACGGCUUAAAUUUCGGCUGUGGAGAAUCAUUCUGCGGAAUUGAGAGUUGGAGUUCGCUGGAUUUAGUCACGUGGUCCUCCAACGGUCUACUUUUCGACCCCAAGGAAAACGCUACUGCCACCAUCUGCGAAGCAUCCGGCGAUUGCGGAAGACCGCACAUGCUCUAUGAUUCCGCCCGCGCCGUCUACAUCCUCUGGGUCAACGCCGGUACUCCCGGCUACGUAAUCUUCACAUCCUCAUCUCCCACUUCCGGAUUCGUGCCUGAAUCCUCCCGUGCUCUCGUGGGAUACCAACCUGAUCCCGCGACCCAUCAAGCGGGUGAUUUCUCAAUUGCCAUGAUUAACGGAACGGGUUAUAUUGCCUACUCUCUCAUUGAUUUCACCACUCUCGGGGCAUCCAUUUGGCCUCCAUUCAAACAAUCCAUCUACACCCAGCAACUGACCAGCGAUUUCAUGAACACGACUGGAAAUGCAACAGAGGUUCUCCCCGUAGGAGAUCUCGUGGAUCUCCAAGCCGAAUCUCCAGAUAUUUUCUAUCGCGAUGGAUAUUACUACAUCUCCGCGUCCAACACGUGUGGUUUCUGCCAAGGAACCCUCAUGAUCAUGUACCGCGCCACCGAUAUCUCCGGACCAUGGACUCGUCAAAUCAUCAGCAGCGAUACAUGCGGUGGACAAACCACCGGUGUUCUAACCAUUCCCUCUUCUACCGGCGGCGACGCAACCUACGUGCACCAAGCCGAUAUCCAAGCCAGCGCUCCCCUUGCCGGCCCCCGAAACGCACAACACGGUCAUCAAUUCCAGGUUCUCAGUUUCAACUCGGACGGUUCAAUUCAAGAUUUGGAUUGUUCCGCUUCCGUCAGCACCACCAUCACUCUCCCAUCCACCAACAGCAGUGUCAUCAUCGACGGACUAGCCAAGAGCGCCUCCCUCGGUUCCGGAAACGAACAUCAAGACUACUACCUCAACUGUUCGCUCCCCCAAUACGCCCUCUACCAAACCUUCUCCACCUCGCAAACCGGAAACCUCACAGCCGUCGGCGUAAACCUUGCUGGCGACGCCCCAACCGACAACGUCACCCUCACCGUUUUCCGCUUCUCCAACACCACCGCUCUCCUCGCCCCCUUCUACCAAUGGGAAACCCUCUCUACCAUCAACGUCACACCCGAAGAAUUAAGCGCCGCCGUCCUCGCCAUCUCCAUCCCCGUCGGACAAGAAGUUUCCGCGGGCGAUAAUAUCGGCAUCGCUAUCACCAGUUUGGGAAUCACACCAGUAUGCGUAGCGAUGCGCGGAACAAAUAGUGAAUAUGCGACUGCAUGGGCAGGAGCUGCAAAUGGUGGAUUUGUCCCCGCACAAAGUGUGGGAGAGAAGGUUGCGAAUGCAACUGAGACUGGAUCGGGAUCGGGUGGAGUUUUGUAUGCUCAGGGUGUUAACCAGGUUAGUUUGAGAGGAAAGAACGGGAAUGAGAUUCCGAUUUUGGAGCUUAGUGGGAGAGAACUUAAAUGGUAUGCGAUUGUUGAAUAG